CAUCCCCGACGUGUGUGUAUGGGACACACACACGCUCCCACCCGCGACACCCGGCCCACGGGUCCUAACCCCGCCCACCACCAUAGAGACGGGAGGACCGGCCUGACCUGAGCGGCACCAGGGGGGUGGGCGUUGCUUUCCGGAUUGACAGGCGCGGAGGCCAAUUGCCGCGCGGCGGGGAGAGAUAAGGCGGGUGGGCGCUGACCCCCGCCCCGGCCAUGGCGGAAGAGCCCGGCGCUCCGGCGGGGGCUCCCCCCGGGCCCGCCCUGGGAGACGGGCCCCCCCUGCCCGUGCUCAAACCGGGCGCCAAGAGCAGCAGCAUCAUUGUCAGCCCGCGGCAGCGGGGUAACCCGGUGCUGAAGUUCAUCCGCAACGUCCCUUGGGAGUUCGGUGACAUCGUCCCCGACUACGUGCUGGGCCAGAGCACCUGCGCCCUCUUCCUGAGCCUGCGGUACCACCAUCUCAACCCCGACUACAUCCACGAGCGGCUGCGGCGCCUGGGCCGGAGCUAUGGGCUGCAGCUGCUGCUGCUGCAGGUUGAUGUGAAGGACCCGCACCAGGCGCUGAAGGACCUGGCCAAAUUCUGCCUCCUGGCAGACUGCACCCUCCUGCUCGCCUGGAGCCCUGAGGAGGCUGGCCGGUACCUGGAGACCUACAAAGCCUACGAGCAGAAGCCUCCUGACCUGCUGAAGGAACGCGUGGAGCAGGAUUUCCUCUCCCGGAUGACCGACUGCCUGACCAGCGUCAAGUCGGUGAACAAGACGGAUGUGCUGAGCCUCCUGACUGCUUUUGGGUCGCUGGUGGCCAUGGUGGAUGCCUCCAGGGAGGAUCUGUCCCUCUGUCCCGGCGUCGGGCCGCAGAAGGCCAAGCGGCUCUUCGAUGUCCUGCAUGAGCCCUUCCUCAAGGUCCCCAAAUAAGCAGCCACCCUCCAAAUCUCCAUUUUUAUAAUAAAUUUGAUUUAUCGGUGA